CGGAGUAGUGCUCUCUUUAUCUAUCCGAGCCGCCUCUCUUUACUUUUCUACUCGUUGACCAAUAAAUGCGCCGUACCCCCUAUAAAAUCCCCGAAUUCCAAAUCGACCCCAUCCUCACUCCAUCUUCUCCGAUGAGUUCUUCUCCUCUGCUUCCCGCCACCCUCCCAUGGCGUCUUCUUCUUUUAGCUUCUCACCUUUUCGUACUACCCUUACUAUUAUCAGCCCAGAACCAGAGGUCCACUUACAUUGUCCACAUGGACAAGUCCUUCAUGCCCACCGCCUUCCCCACCCACCACCACUGGUACUCCGCCGCCGUCGAUUCCCUCUGCAAGCCGCCCACCGCCGGCGACGGGAUCCGUUCUUCACCGAAGCUCGUGUACUCUUAUGACCAUGUCCUUCACGGUUUCAGCGCCGUUUUGUCGGAAGACGAACUCGGAGCCUUGAAGGCUUCUCCCGGGUUCGUUUCUGCUUAUAAAGAUCGGACCUUUGAGCUUCAGACGACGUACACACCGAGUUUCUUGAAGCUUAGUUCCGGGGCAGGGCUAUGGCCGGCGUCGAAGUACGGGGAGGAUGUGAUCAUCGGCGUGAUUGAUACCGGUGUGUGGCCGGAGUCUAGGAGCUUUAGAGACGACGGGAUGCCGGAGAUUCCCCGGAGGUGGAAGGGUGGUUGUAAGGUAGGGACAGAGUUCAAUUCUUCUUUAUGUAACAGGAAGCUCAUCGGAGCUAAUUAUUUUAACGCCGGAGUUCUCGCUGCCAACCCCGGAAUCAACAUUUCUAUGAACUCCGCCAGGGACACCGACGGCCACGGCACGCACACGGCGUCCACGGCCGCCGGGAACUACGUGAAGGAUGUGUCCUUCUUCGGAUACGCUCCGGGCACGGCCAAAGGAGUGGCGCCUCGGGCUCGCUUGGCUGUGUACAAGGUCAGCUGGAGCGAAGGAAGCUUAACUUCCGACCUCAUCGCCGGCAUGGACCAGGCAGUCGCCGACGGCGUCGACGUGAUUUCGGUCUCCAUCGGGUACCGGUUCAUACCCCUGCACGAAGAUUCCAUCGCAAUUGCUGCUUUUGGGGCGAUGAUGAAAGGCGUCCUCGUCGCCGGCUCUGCCGGAAACAGUGGUCCCAGUGUGGGUACCAUAAACAACGGCGCUCCUUGGAUCUUGACGGUGGGUUCCGGCCAUACCGAUCGGUGGUUCGCCGGGACGCUGACCCUGGGCAACGGGAAGGAAUUCAGGGGAUGGAGUUUGUUCCCGGGCAGAGCACUGGUCAGAAACGUUCGUCUUCUUUACAACAAAACAGUUUCCGCCUGCGACUCAUCGGAGCUUCUCGCCGGAAUCCCAGACCCCGAACCUUCUAUAAUCAUUUGCGAGAAACCGGAGAACGACGAUUCUACCUCAACAUUCUCCCGGAUGAAUUCCGUUAGAGGUGCCGGAUUCGACGCGGCAAUCUUUAUAAACGACGAGCCAGGAAUUUUCCGGUCGACGACGUUUCCCAUUCCCGGAGUUUUCAUCAGCCCCAAAGAAGGAAAGGAAGUGAUCAGAUACGCGAAAUCCGGGAACGACCCAACAGCCACCAUCACUUUUCAGCAAACAUUCUUCGGGAAAACACCGGCGCCGGCGGUUUCGGCCUCUUCAGCCAGAGGUCCGUCCCGGAGCUACCUCGGGAUUUCGAAGCCGGAUAUAUUGGCGCCCGGAGUUCUGAUCUUGGCCGCUUAUCCGCCGAAUAGCUUCGCCGUGAAUAUUGGAACCAAUAUUCAGUUGGGAACGGAUUAUAAUCUGGAGUCUGGGACUUCCAUGGCCUGCCCUCACGCCGCCGGAAUCGCGGCGAUGCUCAAGGCGGCGCACCCGGAUUGGAGCCCUUCUGCAAUCAGGUCCGCCAUGAUGACCACAGCUAUCACCGUUGACAAUACCGGCAAGCCAAUUAAAGCCGCUGACGACAACUCGGUGGCGACGCCACUGGACAUGGGUGCAGGUAUGGUUAACCCGAACAUGGCAGUUGACCCGGGUCUAGUGUACGACGCAACUCCCCAAGACUAUGUGAACCUCCUUUGUUCCAUGAAUUUCACGGGACCUCAGUUCCAAAGCAUAACAAGAUCCUCCUCGAGCCAGAAUUGUUCUGACCCGAAUCCGGACCUCAACUACCCGUCGUUCAUCGCUUUGUAUCCUCUCGGAGGAGACAACGGCGUUUACCGCUGGUUGUCGCAAACCUUCAAGAGGACAUUAACGAACGUUGGGCCAGGCGCCGCGACGUACAAAGCUGAGCUAAGAGUUCCCAAGAAUUCAACAAUGUCAGUGUCUCCGAUGACGUUGGUGUUCGGGAAGAAGAUGGAGAAGCAGAGCUAUAGUUUGACGAUCCGUUAUAGAGGGGACGAGAACCAAAGCAAGAAUGUGGGGUCCAUCACUUGGGUUGAGGUGAACGGUAAUCACACAGUGAGGAGUCCGAUCGUUGUGUCCAAUACUGUGGAAGUAUGGGAGUGAAGAACAAGAAAUCUGAAGAAGAGGAUCUUUAUGGUUAUUUUUUUGGGUUUUAUAUGUAAAGAUAUAGUCCAAAAUAAAGUCUUUAUUUUAUUUGGACGGGUACAAAAUAAAAUUUAGACCUUAUUUUUUCAAUUAAGAAAUAAAAUAUGUGACUGUCUAUUCUCUUCAUUUAGAUCUAGCAAUCAGAUCAAUCUGAUCAUUUCCUAUGUAUUACUCAUAUUAUAUAGGUCGGA